AUGGAUCGCAGGUCCCGGGCUCAGCAGUGGCGCCGAGCUCGCCAUAAUUACAACGACCUGUGCCCGCCCAUAGGCCGCCGGGCUGCCACCGCGCUCCUCUGGCUCUCCUGCUCCAUUGCUCUGCUCCGCGCCCUAGCCACUUCCAACGCCCGUGCCCAGCAGCGUGCUGCCCAGCGUCGGAGCUUCCUUAACGCCCACCACCGCUCCGCCGCUGCCGCCGCCGCCGCUGCGCAGGUACUCCCCGAGUCCCCUGAAUCUGAGUCUGAUCACGAGCACGAGGAGCCAGAGCCUCAGCUGGCCCGCCAGCCUGAGUGUCCCGGGUUGGAAGACAUUGACUACGAGACCGAGUCGGAGACCGAGUCUGAGACGACCGAGUCUGAGACGACCGAGUCCGAGACGACCGAGUCCGAGACAACCGAGUCCGAGUCUGAUAUCGAGUACGAGACCGAAUUCGAGAGCGAGUCUGAUACCGCCCCCGCAACUGAGCCUGAGACCGAACCCGAGGACGAGCGCGGCCCCCGAGGUGCCACCUUCAACCAGUCUCUCACCCAGCGUCUGCACGCUCUGAAGUUACAGAGCGCCCACGCCUCCCCGAGUCGUGCGCAGCCCACCACUCAGGAGCUCGAGAGCGCAAGCGAGGGGGAGGAGCCCCAGCGCGAGCCCUUAGACCCCGAGGAGUCAGAGGAGGAGGAGGACAGACAGCCCCGCCGCUGCAAGACCAGGAGGCCCGCCCGCCUCCGCCGCCGCCGCGACCAGUCCCCGGAAUCCCCUCCCAGAAAGGGGCCCAUCCCCAUCCGGCGUCACUAA